AUGGCCUCCCUGGACCUCCCCGAGCCCCCUACGCAGGCUACGAUUACCCAAGCUCGCGCGCAGCUCGUCUCCCUGCACGACACCUCGCGGCACCUCGAGGCGCGCAUCGCCGAGGCCCGCGACGUCCUCGCCCGCAUCGUCGACGAGCGCACCGCCGCGCUCCGUGAACUAGAGCGCGAGCUCGCCACGGUCGAGGACCGUGUCGCCCUCACCAAGGCCUACGUCUCGCCCAUCAAGCGGCUCCCGCACGAGCUCCUCCGCCAGAUCUUCCUGUUCAACUUCGAGGACUGCGCGUGGUCCGCGUGGGUGCUGUCCGCCGUGUGCGCGCUCUGGCGCAAGGUCGCGCUCGGGAUGCCGACGCUGUGGUCCAAGAUUCGCCUUGUUACGACACAGGCCUCUUCUGCCGAAACCAUACGUCUCUGGCUCGAGCGAUCCGGCCGCUCCAUCCCGCUCGACAUCGAGAUACUACUCAAGUCGCCGUCCGUACAUACCGGCGUGGUCGAGGGUGUCUCCCGCCGCAGAUACCUGUCUGUGCCUCAUGCUGCGGGUGACCCCUGGGUGGCUGGCGGGUGGACGACGCCGCCACCUCUGGUGCAGACAGCGGGCGCAGGUGGCACGGCUGUGCACCUGCAGAUAGGAGGCGCACACCCUACUGUGCACGUUGUCCCCGUGCAAGCUGUCGUCCCAAACGACGGCAUGGGUCCCGCGCCUCCGUCACCAACACAUACGCAUGAGUGGGACAUUCCGCCCCUCUCCACGUCCGACAGGAUGCCCCUGUCGACACAGCGACUGCGGAGAAAUAUGCACUGGGGACACAUCGCGUUCUACUACCUUGUCGAACAGAUGCACCGGUGGGAGCGCUUCAUAUUCCGAUUCGACAAGCAAUUCGCAUCCAUUAGCGCGCUCAAGUCUGUCGAAGGGGACGCGCCGAUCUUGCGGGAGUUUGAGAUCUCGUGUACGGACCCAGCCUUCUAUGGCGACUGGAAGUGGCUGCCGUCCGCGCCGGUGAACGCGCAAUUCGACAUCAGUAGCCUUCGGACCCUCACGCUCCAACACGUCCCGUUCAAGUGGUCUUCGCCGAUGCUUCGCAACUUAUGCCACCUCCAACUCCGCAGCCUGCCCACGGUCCACAUUGCGCUCGACCGGAUUCUCCACAUCGUCUCUGCGAACCCGCAGCUCGAAUCGCUCUCAUUGCACUUUACGUCCCCGAGCCAGCCCGUACUCCCUCUAUCCUCCGUCACGCUUAACGAACUCAAAAGCCUGAACCUUGGUGGGCACUACCUCCUCUCAAGCCUGCUCGACUCGCUCCUCCUCCCCGCGCUCGACACGCUCAUCCUGGAUAUCGAGGCCCGCGAUCCGAUCGAAGACACCGUUUCGCAGCUGCUCUCGCGCUCGGGCACACCCCCACUCACACGUCUUUCACUCUCUUACGGCGCCGCCCCGGGUCCGCACGCGGGCUUCUACUGGGGUUCCGGCGCGGGUGUCGCGUCAUGGCAUUUCCUGGGAGAGCUCGAUCACCUGGCGGCGCUGCACGUCGGCAGCGCGCCGCUCGAGCCGCUCAUCUCGGCCCUAAGCGCGCCGGACGAUGAUAACGGGCAAGACCGGUGGGUAUGCCCGCGCCUCACCACGCUCGCGAUGCGCGGCUGCCAUGCGCAUGGGGAUGGCGUCUCAAAACUUGUGCAGAUGGUCGAGGCCCGUAACCCAGAUGCGGGGAUGAUGGCGGGCGGCGGCGGUGUUGGGAUGGGGGCGCCGUUCGGGAUGACACCUACGCGGCUGCGGCACCUGGAGCUGUACGACUGCACGGCGCUGGGCCCGGACGUGACGAAGUGGCUGAAGACGCGGAUCGAGGAGGUGGUGUGCACGGAGCCGAGCUUCGAAGGGUACGUCGGCCGCCUCGUCGUCGUGCAUUGA